UUUUUUUUUAAUAAACAAUCUGACAGCUUUGACAUUGUCAUAGCCUGUCAUUGUCUGUACAGUACAAUAUUUUCAAUAGAUUAUUUUAUCGGUAUUAAAUGCCGGCGACGACGUGCACGUGCUAUGAGGAGCCUAUCCGCAACUACUACUGUUACUAUGAUACGCCCGAAGGCUGUGAUAUUGAUAAAAAGAUGAUGGUGACCACACGUUACGGGGUGAUAGCAGGACUAGUAUUGUCUACGUACGAUAUCCUCCUGCACUCUCACGCCUCGGGACUGGGCCCCAUUUUGAAGAGGUACGCGGUCCACACAGUACCACUAGGCCUGAUGGGAGCCACGUUCGCUGCUGUCGCCAACGGCACUAUGAUAUACAGGAAGAAGGAUGAUGUCUACAACUAUUUCCUAGGAGGAUUCGCCUGCGGCCCAAUCCUCGCGCACUACCUCGGUUCAAAGCACGCCGUGCUCCUUGGCGGCAUAGCACUGGGAAUAGCCGGCAUGAUCAAGAAGGACGCAGUGAACAACUGUUAUACCCUGCUUCCAGACCCGCAGCCUCACCAGAAUACCGUGUGGAGGUGGAGACAUGACUUUACCCUAGCUGAAGACCCGAUGAAAGAAAUGGAGAAAAUCUGCGCUGAAAAGCAUACACAUGGGCGUGGGCAAUGUGGAGCGAAAAAAAAGUGACCGCACAGAACAAACACAAGGCAACAUAAACUUGAAUUACUACAAUUUAUUAAAAUAUGAUUUCGA